GGCCAGCGCGUGCGCACUGGCCUGUCCGCGGCCGGUGGACCAUGAAGGCCCCAAGGUCCUUCACCUGGGAGUGGAGCGCACAAUCCCUCCCCGUGGCAGUAGGGGGCGUUUUGAAGCUGCGGCUCUGUGAGCUGUGGCUACUGCUACUAGGUUCUAGUUUGAACGCGACAUUUUUGCCACACGAAGAGGACGUAGACUUUAUCAACGAGUACGUGAACCUCCACAAUGAGCUGCGGGGCGACGUCAUUCCGCGAGGGUCUAACUUGCGCUUCAUGACUUGGGAUGUAGCUUUAUCACGGACUGCUAGAGCAUGGGGAAAAAGAUGUGUAUUUGAGCAUAAUAUUUAUUUACAAGAUGUACAAACGGUCCAUCCUAAAUUUUAUGGUAUUGGUGAAAAUAUGUGGGUCGGCCCUGAAAAUGAAUUUACUGCAAGUAUUGCUAUCAGAAGUUGGCAUGCAGAGAAGAAAAUGUACAAUUUUGAAAAUGGCAGUUGCUCUGGAGACUGUUCUAAUUAUAUUCAGCUUGUUUGGGACAACUCUUACAAAGUUGGUUGUGCUGUUACUCCAUGUUCAAGAAUUGGACAUAUUAUACAUGCAGCAAUUUUCAUAUGCAACUAUGCACCAGGAGGAACGCUGACAAGAAGACCUUAUGAACCAGGAAUAUUUUGUACUCGAUGUGGCAGACAUGACAAAUGCACAGAUUUUCUAUGUAGUAAUGCAGAUCGUGACCAAGCCAUAUAUUACCGAUUUUGGUAUCCAAAAUGGGAAAUGCCCCGGCCAAUUCUGUGUGAUCCACUGUGCACAUUCAUUUUAUUAUUGAGAAUAUUAUGUUUUAUGCUGUGUGUCAUAACUGUUUUGAUAGUACAGUCUCAGUUUCCAAAUAUCUUGUUGGAACAACAAAUGAUAUUUACCCCUGAGGAAUCUGAAGCAAAGAAUAAAGAGGAGGAAAAAGAGGAAGAGAAGAAAGAGAAAGAGGAAAUAGAAAUGGAAAUAAUGGAAAUGGAGGAGGAAAAAGAAGAGAGAGAGGAGGAGGAGGAGGAGGAGGAGAAGGAGGAGGAGGAGGAAACACAAAAAGAAAAGAUGGAGGAAGAGGAAAAACAAGAGUAGAAAGAGGAGGCAAAAGAUGUAUCACCAAUAUAAGCCAAAAGUGUAAUACAAAAAAGACAGACAAAAAAAAAAAGUAAAACACUGAGUUUUAACAAGGAAGAAAAUAUGCAAACCACCAUUGGGAUGUUUUUUAUUCCCUUCUCUCCUAUACUUAUUCAGUAAAUUUAAAUUUGUAAAACAAAGAAACAAAAAACAUGUAAGGUGGGCUCUUUGACACUAAGAACAGAUAAAGAUGUGACAAGAAAAACACUGAAAAACAUUUGACCAGUCUAAUUAAUCUUAAGAUUUCACCAUGUUAUUCUAAUAAAGGAGGGAAUUUUCAUUUUCUAAACAUGUUUUCGUCUCUGUGCUUUAAACAGUAAGGUGCUUAAUAUCAUUCCAAGUUCAGAACAACCAUUGAAUAAAAUUUGUAUUUUUUUGUUUUUACUGUUACUAUCAUAGUUGUUAUUGGUGGUAGUGGUAUUUUCCAGGUGAUAUUAAGGUAUCUGAUAUUAUUAUUUGUCUUUGUGGUUUUUGGAAUAGUUUAAAUGGUACCUGUACAUCCUGCUAGGAUGCAAACUUAUUAUUUAUAAUUCAUGUUCAAUAUUUCAUUAAAGACUUGCUGUAAUGUUCUGCCACCGAGGGCUAAUAAAUGCCAGAAUUUUAAUUAGUUGUGGUAGAGGAAUCUGGAUGCUUCCAAAUUUAUAUGAUAAAAUAAAUGAAUUUUUAAAAAAUUAUUAACUUGUUAUUCAAUAUGUAUAGUAAAAGUUCACAAAUUAAUAACAUAACUACUUACCAUUAGUAAUAGUAAUAAAUGAACUAAAUAAAAACACCUAGCAUAGGAGAUUUCUUUAGCUAUAAAAUAAAUGGAUAGUACAAGAUGACCACUAAGACCUCUUCCAUCAAUAAAUAUUCAUGGAUCAACUUUGUAAAGGAAUCAAUAGUAGUUGUGAAGUAUACUAGGCAAACACCUGAGGGAAAAACCUGAUUCCCAUGAAAAUGUUCCUGAACUCAGCACCUUAUAUGGCAAAAUAAUAAAUACCUUUUAUUGCUCAAUUUUAAAAUAGGUAAAAAGCAAUGUAUAAUAUUUUUCCGAUUGCCAUUCCAUGCUCAGCUGUCUUACUGUUGCACACUUACUAGAACUCAAUGUGGCUGAGAUGUGAAAGGUUGAUAUAAUUCUAUUUCUGACAGGGACUUAGGGAACUUAUUCUAAUUGAGAAUCAGACGCUUAAUAAACUGAAGGUGUAAGUGAAAGAAAUGACAUUGAAAGAAAGAAUCACUGCAUAUCUGAUGUCAAAUAAAAAUCUGUUUUCCAAUUUUGAUAGAAUAUUGUGUUCUAAAGCUGUAUUUCUCAAUGUGUGGUUCCACUGGGGUGGGGGUGGGGGGGAACCUAGCAUAGCCAAAUACCUCAAAUGGUGUAAAUGCUAUGUGUAUUAACUCUGUUGUUCUUUAGUUGUAUCAAUAUUCUGUUAAAAACCUGUUCCUAAGUAGGGCAAGAUAAGAAUUAUAUUAAAAAGCCCUGAGCUAUCCUCUUGGA